CAAGAGGAAUGGACAUAGAAAAGCAUGAAGCCUGCAAUAUUACUCGCCCUCUCUUUCCUUCUCUUUGCCUUGACCACCAACAUUCCAUUAGCCUUCUCACAAGAUGAUCAUGAAAAUGUGUUGGACACAGGUGGCCGCGAACUUAUAGGAAUAGGUCCUGGAUACUACAUCAUGCCAGCUUUCUUCGGCGCGGCAGGUGGCGGAGUGUGGCCGGGCGAAACUGGGAAUCAAACAUGCCCAGUUACUGUACUGCAAGAUUAUUCUGAGGUUGUCAGUGGCAAGCCAGUGAAAUUCUACACUGGGACUAGGCCUGGUUAUGUCUAUACAGGCGCGCCACUCGAUAUUGUAUUCGGCGAAAAUCCUGAGUGUACUGAAUAUUCCUCCAAGUGGGUUUUUGUUUAUGAUGAUUUCCCUAAAGCAUGGGUGGGUAUUGGUGGUGUUGAAGAUCAUCCUGGUAAAGAUAUCCUGAGUGGUAAGUUUAAGAUUGAGAAAUAUGGUGAUUUUGGGUACAAGCUUGUGUUCUGUCCCAAAUUCACUGCUCCACCUGGUGCUUGUUUUGAUAUUGGAAGGUUUGAUGAUGAGAAGGGAAGGCGUCUGGUUCAUGCUGAAGAAGGUGAUCGUCCCUUUGAAGUUGUGUUCGUUAGGGCUAUUGAUGAUAGUGGAAUCAGGUCCAUCGAUUAAUUUCAAUCAAAUUCUACAUGUAGAUAUUGUUGAAUAACUAGUAUGAUACCUCUGCUUGGGAUGCACCCACGGAUUGUACUUAUCCUCUACGUAUAAGUGCAAAUAAUAAAUUGUUGUUUCUUUUUCAA